AUGGGGGGUUCAAUAUCCAAGAUGAUGGCCAAGGUCUUCGGCUCCAAGGAGAUGCGCCUGCUGAUGCUGGGCCUCGACGCUGCCGGAAAGACCACCAUCCUCUACAAGCUCAAGCUCGACCAGGACGUCACCACCAUCCCCACCGUCGGCUUCAACGUCGAGACCGUCACAUACAAGAACACCAAAUUCAACGUCUGGGACGUCGGCGGCCAGGACAAGAUCCGUCCGCUCUGGAGACACUACUUCUCUGGUAUGUUGGGCCGCGGAGGCACGGUUCCGGGCACCCAAGGUCUCAUCUUCGUCAUCGACUCCAACGACCGCACCCGUAUCGACGAGGCCAAGCAGGAACUCACAAGGAUUAUCCAGGACCGAGAAAUGAAGGAUGCGCUGUUGCUGGUGUUUGCGAACAAGCAGGAUCUCAGCGGAGCUAUGCGACCAAAGGAAGUCUCGGACCGUCUGCAAUUAGACAAGAUCGCCAAAGACCACGUAUGGAAGGUGGAGCCCAGCUGCGCGACAACAGGAGAGGGUAUCUUUGAGGGAUUGGCCUGGCUCUCCAACAACGUCAAGCUACCACCCGGCGCCAAAUAA